CUUAAACCACAAUCCGAAUUAGUGUUUUAAUAUUAGUUUAGGGUUCCUACACAGCAAGCUCUUCAAACCCUCCCAGAGGUCUAAGGUUCCAUAGAGCUUUUACCCUUAUUUCCUCUAAGCGCUCAGUUUUGCUCUGCUACUCUCCAUUAUUCAUGUCCAAUUAUCUGGCAUCUCAGCAAUUGAUGGCACAGCUUGAACCCAUUUCCGGCAAGAUGUCCAUGGGAUUUGGGAUUGAUGAAUCUUUACAGCAGCAGAUACCAUCGAAUAUGGCGAUAGAUCAGAUGGGAUCCAUGCCUAAUAAUCGUGAGUCUCAGUUACCGUCAAUAUCAAAUCAACAAGUUGGAUAUGUUGAGUCCCAAGCUUAUACUCAGCUACCACAGCAGUAUUUAAUGUCUAAUAAGCCAGUGGGAGAAAUGAUUCCCACCGUGUUGGAUAGCAUGAGACAACAUCAAUUACCAACUUUGAAUAAGCGUAAGGAGCUGAUGGAACCAAUUGCCCCGAGUUCUCUUCCAAAGAAGUUAUCACUGCCAAACAAACAAGUGGCACAUAUGGAACACAGGCCAUGGUUGCAACCAUUAUCUGUUCCUAGUAAAAGACCUUUUCAAAUGCAAUCUGUUUCUAGCUCACUGGGAUCAGAACCUUCUCUGGCAUCAAAUAAGAGAUCAGUUCCAAGCAAAGUUGGGUCAUCAGCUUCAAGGAAUCAACCUGCACCUAUACGGCCAUCAUCAAAGGUUCAGACUGAGUCAUUUCAAUCUGUGAGGUCCAAGAUGCGGGAAUCUUUAGUUGGUGCCCUGGCAUUGGUUUCUCAGCUGCAAAGUGAAAAUGCAAUGGUGGAGAAGAACUCUGGGAAGACAGAAGUGGGUUCUCACCCAUUUGAUUCCGGUUCUGGCAAGUCUGAUGCUGUCCACACUUUAUCUGCAGAACCUCAGGGGAUAUUGCUUCCCAACCGACAUGGUGGUACUGUCGGAAAUAAUAGUGAAGGUACACAAGUUGUGCAAUGCAAUGAGCUGCAAUUUCAAUCCAGCAAUCUUUUACCUGAUGAGGAUGUUCAAUUUACUGACAACUUAUUUGCAAGAGAUGAACUUUUGCAGGGAAAUGGCCUUUCUUGGGUAUUAGAACCCCAAUUGAAGGUGGGAAAAGAUGGUUUAAAACAAUCAUUACAGUCUCCACAAGAGUUGGCAUAUCAAAUUGAAGCAGAACUCUUUAAAUUAUUUGGAGGUGUGAAUAAAAAGUAUAAGGAGAAGGGCAGGUCUCUUUUGUUUAACUUAAAGGAUCGUAAUAACCCUGAACUCAGAGAAAGAGUUGUGUCUGGUAAAAUUACCCCACACAGGCUUUGUUCUAUGAGUGCUGAGGAACUGGCUUCUAAAGAGCUUUCAGAGUGGCGGCAAGCAAAAGCAGAAGAGUUCGCUCAAAUGGUAGUUUUGCCAGAUGUAGAAGUUGAUAUUAGACGUCUAGUAAGGAAAACACAUAAGGGUGAGUUUCAAGUGGAGGUUGAACAAACUGAUAGUGCUUCAGUAGAAGUAUCUGCUGGAACUUCAACUAUUCGGCGACCAAAAACUGAGGCAAAAAAAACUCCUAGAACCAUUAAAACUGUUGGAAAGAAAGAUGAAUCAGAUACUGGAAGUGAAAAGAGUAAUCUAGAGGACCCAAAUCUUACCAUUACCAUUCCUUCAAGCAAGGGACCUGAUCCAAUGCAAGGGUUGAUGGGAGAAGAUGAAAUCAAGAAUGUGGAUUUUUUGCCUCCAAUUGUUUCCCUUGACGAGUUUAUGCAAUCUCUUGGUUCAGAGCCACCGUUUGAGAAUUUACCUGAUGAGGCUGGAAAAGUAACAGCAAUUUCUGCUAAGGAUGACUCAGAAGCUGGGUCUGACUCAAAGUCUUUUGGUCGAGCUUCACAAGUUCCUGAGAAGACAAUGCCUGAUAAACCUGGAACUAGUGAUGCAAGCAAUGUGAAAUCAGUUUCAGAUGUUAAGCUGAAUGACAUUCCUGCAAAAACAGAAACUAUAGUUUCUACAACCACUUCGAAGGGUGAACGUGUCUGGGAAGGGAUGCUCCAGCUAAACCUCUCAACCACGACCUCUGUUAUUUGUACUUUUAAAAGCGGUGAAAAAACCUCUACGAAGGAGUGGCCUAGCAUUCUUGAAAUCAAAGGCAGAGUCAGACUUGAAGCGUUCGAGAAGUUCCUCCAAGAGCUUCCAUUGUCUCGGAGUCGUGCUGUUAUGGUUAUUCAUAUUGUUUGCAAGGAGGGAUCGUCUGAGAGCGAACGGCAGAGCCUGGUCGAGACAGCUGAUUCAUAUAUUUCAGACGGGAGAGCUGGUCUUGCCGAGCCUGCUUCCGGGGUCGAACUUUAUUGUUGCCCACCCCAUGCAAAAACACUUGAAAUGCUCACCAAGGUACUUUCAAAGGACCAAAUUCAAGCUCUUAAUGCGUUAGAUAAUGGUCUAAUUGGUGUUGUUGUAUGGAGAAGAACUCAAUUAACAUCACCGAACUCAACAUCACACCAUAAACACAUCUCGAAAAAGCAACACUUCACUUCUCAAAAAAGCAACACUGACAUUGAUUCUAACUCUUCGUCGGUGCUGCCGCCGAUGUCUUCUCAUGGCGGACUUCCUCAUUUCGAACCUCCUCCUGAUGAUGAGGGUGACGAUAUUCCACCGGGAUUUGGCCCUGGGACAAUGUCCCGGGACGAAGAUGACCUACCCGAGUUUAAUUUCUCUAGUGGCCCGAACACAAACCCGUCGGGGCCACAAUACCCUGCCAGGUACCAAUCCCAAGCCUCUCGUUUACACGCUCAAACAUCAUCUCGUCCUGUUGAUCAAAUGAGAGAGCUCAUACAAAAGUAUGGGCAACCAACUACUAAUACUCCUCUAAGGGUUCCACUGCAACAGUGGAACGAUAAUGAUGAUGACGAGGACGACGAUAUACCGGAAUGGCAGCCAGCAUCCCAACAACAACCCCUACCACCCCAAGUCAAUAGAUUUCAACAGCCAAUGCAAGUUCCGGAUCAACAAAAUACUGCUCAGCCAUGGCAGCAACAGCAACAAGGGAAUUGGUGGGUUCCUCCACCUGGUUCACAAGGCGAACAAUUUGGUAAUGGAAGUCAAUACUAUGGGCAAAAUGUAAGAACUGGACAGCCUCUUUGGCGAAAAGAUGUUUCUGACAAUAGAGGGUUUUAGUUUCGAACUUUUGUACAUACAGGCGUUUAUGUUUUUUUAUCGUAGUUUUAUUCUAGCUUUUUGUAAUCUUUGAUGAAAAUUUUGUUUCGUUGGUUUUUCUUUCUUUCUUUUUUUUUGGUUUUAUUAACUGUAGUUCUUGUUGAAGCAAAGAGAUCUAAGUUAAUUUAAAUAUUUUUAUUUUUGUAAUUUAGAAAAUAACUAUUUAUACAUUGACUAUUUAUUCGCAUUUACUAUUAUUUUAUUUUUAAAAA